AUGGAACCACAGAUUGGCUGCCUCGCUAUUACUGCUACCAGUAGGAUUCUACGCAGCACUCUUUUAUGGAGUUGGGCUGGUCAGAGCGGUUCUGGUUCUAACAAGGAAACAAUUUCUGGCGAAGCAGUCGGACCAGUUUGCACACAGUGCGAUGCCGAAUUUAGACGAUAUCUAGAGCUGGCAGAACACUGUAAGCUAUGCUUUUUGGGCGAAGAUGGUGGGAAGACGGACGAAGCAAGUCGUCGAGAUGCUGAAAACAAUAACAGCUUGAAAGAAGAAGAGCAAAUGGUAUUCCCGUUUGGUAGUCCGGAUACCAGCACUACAAGAACUGGCUGUGCUUCAAUCCAUCCUUUACCAGCUUCAACACCAACAGAUGAUGCAGCUCAACCUGAUACAGCAAUUGCAACUGCAACUGCAAAUCAAAAAGCCGAAGGACAUUAUCAAACCACCAAUGACGAAAAGCAGAGGUCCAACACCAGUCACCGUCAAACCGGAAUAGCCGCCAGAAUCAACACCAACUCCACUACCAGCAUUCACUGUGUCGUCCUAGCCUUACCCGCCUAUCUCCCUUCCGCCCCCCUCCAUUUCCUCAUCGUUCGCUUCUUCCAUCAUCACCUACCUCGAUCCUCCGCCUUCCCCGAUUGA